GUAGUUCACCCGAAAACGGACGAGCAGAGAUGUCGGCUACAGGAAUCCUGCAAAGAUAUUCUAAUCUUUAAAAACCUUGACCAGGAACAGCUCUCUCAGGUUCUUGAUGCCAUGUUUGAACGGAGAGUACAACCUCAGGAACACGUCAUUGACCAGGGAGAUGAUGGCGAUAACUUCUACGUUAUUGAACGAGGGCUCUAUGACAUUUUCGUAGCCAAAGACGGACAGUCUCGCUGCGUGGGCACGUACGAUAACCACGGCAGUUUUGGAGAGCUCGCCUUGAUGUACAACACUCCAAGGGCUGCGACCAUCGUGGCCACGACAGAAGGAGCACUUUGGGGGUUGGAUCGGGUUACCUUCAGAAGAAUAAUUCUUAAAAAUAAUGCCAAAAAAAGAAAGAUGUUUGAAGCCUUUGUAGAAUCUGUUCCUGUUCUGAAGUCAUUAGAGCUUUCUGAACGUAUGAAAAUAGUUGAUGUAAUAGGUGAAAAAAUUUAUAAGGAUGGAGAUCGCAUCAUUGGACAGGGUGAUAAGGCAGACUGUUUUUACAUUGUUGAAUCAGGAGAGGUGAAAAUUAUGAUGAAGAGUAAGACAAAAACUGGUCAAGAAAGUAACCAGGAAGUGGAGCUAACACGGUGUAAAAGAGGUCAAUACUUUGGUGAACUUGCUCUUGUUACCAACAAGCCCAGAGCAGCUUCUGCGUAUGCGGUGGACAAUGUCAAGUGUUUAGUCAUGGAUGUGCAAGCUUUUGAACGAUUGCUGGGCCCCUGCAUGGACAUUAUGAAGAGAAACAUCACACAUUAUGAGGAGCAAUUGGUGGCAUUGUUUGGUUCCAGCAUGGACCUUCGAGACCCAGGAAAAUAG